UUUCUCAUGUCUAUACCUAAUUCCUAUAUAUUAUCCCACCAUAGAAACAUGAUGUAAAUAAAUAAAUAAACACACCACCAACACCAAGCAAAGCAGGGUUUGGAGUUGGAAAAAAUUGGAGGGUUGAGUUGAAUGAAAUGAUGGAGGUGAAUGAGCAAACACCUUCAACACCAGGCAAAUUGAAGCCAGAUAAAUCUCCCUAUAUUCACCACCGCUUCAGAAUCCACUCAUCACUCUCCAGGCUCACACUCUGCUCCUCCUUCUUCCUCGCAUUCACACUUCUCCUUUUCUUCUUCAUCCUCUCCCCUCCUCCGCCGCCACCCGCCGCACCCCGCCGCGUCCUCGGCGACUCAUGGGGCGGCCCUCUUUGGGAGAAGCGCGUCGCCAAGUCAGCUCGUCGCACUUCCGCCUCCGGCCUCACCGUCCUCGUCACCGGCGCUGCAGGCUUCGUCGGCACACACGUAUCCUUAGCGCUGAAGCGCCGCGGUGAUGGCGUCCUCGGUCUCGACAACUUCAACCGCUACUACGACCCCAACCUCAAGCGCGCCCGCCAGAGGCUCCUCGACCGCGCCGGCGUGUUUGUCGUCUCCGGCGACGUCAACGACGCUACGCUACUCCGGAAGCUCUUCGACGUUGUGCCGUUUACUCACGUGAUGCACCUCGCCGCGCAGGCUGGGGUUCGCUACGCGAUGCAGAACCCUGGAUCGUACGUGCACAGCAACAUCGCCGGGUUCGUGAACCUUCUGGAAGCUUGCAAAUCGGCGAACCCGCAACCCUCCAUCGUCUGGGCUUCGUCGAGCUCCGUUUACGGCUUGAACUCGAAGGUCCCGUUCUCGGAGAAGGAUCGGACGGACCAGCCUGCGAGCCUCUACGCGGCGACGAAGAAGGCCGGCGAGGAAAUCGCCCACACCUACAACCACAUCUAUGGCCUCUCGAUCACCGCGUUGCGGUUCUUCACUGUUUAUGGACCUUGGGGAAGGCCUGACAUGGCGUAUUUCUUCUUCACGAAGGAUAUUCUGAAGGGGAAGCAGGUAACGAUCUUUGAGGCACCAGAUGGUGGAACAGUGGCGAGGGAUUUCACCUACAUUGAUGAUGUUGUGAAGGGGUGUUUGGGGGCUUUGGAUACGGCGAAGAAGAGUACUGGUAGUGGAGGAAAGAAGAAGGGGCCAGCUCAGUUUAGGGUUUUCAAUUUGGGGAACACUUCGCCGGUGCCGGUGACUGAGCUUGUUAAGAUAUUGGAGAAGCUUCUGAAGGUUAAGGCUAAGAAGAAGGUGCUUCCUAUGCCCAGAAAUGGGGAUGUUAGGUUUACACAUGCCAAUAUCAGUUUGGCUCAUAGGGACCUUGGUUAUAGGCCUACCACUGAUUUGGAGACAGGGUUAAGGAAGUUUGUGAAGUGGUACCUUGAGUUCUAUUCUGGUUCUGGGUCUAUUAAGAAGGCUGCUUGGUGAUUCUUUUGCUUUGCUGCAUUGCUCAUUGGUACCAACGGGGAUGUAAGCAUUUUGCAGGAAGACAUUGUGAAUUGAAGAAGUAAGAUUUUACCACAUUAAGUUCUACAUGGAGUCACAUUGAAUUCAACGGAAAUACAAACCCACUCUUAGUUUUAAGUAGGCAUAAAGUGCAUCUCAAAAUUUCCAAAUUAUACACUUCAAGACAGCUUAACUGUCACACAUUGCUUUUGUCAAGUGAAUGUGGAGUAUCUAGACAGGGCAAUAGUGAAGUAGGCAGUUGAGCUGCAAGAUUCGGUAUGGUACCCCAAAAUGCCCAUGUCAGGUGGACAAUGACACUGGAGCUGCAAAAUUGUUGCAUUCAAAAUGACUGAAGAAGCAUGUGAUUGAAUCUCAUCUGCAGUACUAUUUAUUUUACAUUGCUUUCUAGUUCAAAGUAAGUUUAACUUUAUUUGUCAGAUACAGAUUGAUUAGUGACAGUCUAUCUUGUUUCAACUCUUGCGUCGUUGUUAGACAGCGAGUGAAGAAGCUUCAUACCAGCUGAAGUUGGACUGUUAAAUCUUCAUUCCUGUCAGUCAGUUUAGGCAACUGCACGUUUGGUCCUCAAAAGACAAAGGCAACAAAUCUCUCUGGUAUCUGUCCUCUUCAUUGAAAGAACAUAGUAUUUCAAUUUGAAAGAGAAAGUUCUCUCUUCAAAAUUAAAUUCCUCUAUGUUAUUGAAAUGCUUUGAUGAGUUGUUAUUUUUUACUGAAGUAAACAGAUGAUUAUAAUA